AUGGAAGAAGUUGGAAGUGGUUGGGAGGAGCCCAAUGCCUACCACAAGUACUGUACACAACACUUGGCUUCUAAUGUGAACUCAAAAUUUAAAAGUGUCGUCAUAAAGAACCUCUUUGGCAAAGCAGCUACUGCAAGGCAGAAGAAGAAGUUUGAUUACUACAUCAACAAAAUUGGUGACUUGAAUGUAGAGGCCCGUAGGUACUUGAUGGAAAUUCCGUACAGUAAGUGGUCCAUUCAUCAUGAUGGUGGUUUCAGGUUUGGUGUGAAGACUACAAACAUGUCGGAAGUUUUCAACGGAGUCUUAAAGGGGGCUCGAUGUCUCCCGAUAACCGCUUUAGUGCAAAUGACCUUUUUCCGGGUUAACUCCUAUUUUGCAACUAGAAGAAGUUGGAGUAAAAGAAGACUUGAAGAGGGCCAUGAGUUAUCGGAAAAGGCUAAGAAGACAAUAGAAGCCAACAUGGAGAAAGCCACGCACUAUGAGGUUGUUGCUUUUGACUAUGAUGCCAUCGGGUUGUAUCAGGUUAGGAUCGGUCGUGGAAGAAGAAAAGCUGGUAAAGGUGGUAACUCCCACACUGUGAAUCUGUUGAGCAAGACAUGUACUUGUGAGAAAUUGAGAAUAUACAAGCUCCCAUGCUCUCAUGUACUAGCAGUUUGUCGUCAUAGAAGCCUAUCACAUGCAGACUUUGUGGAUUCUUUUUUCAUGACCGCCGAAUAUAGGCGUUCAUACGCGAAGUGUUUCGCACCAGUUCCUGAUCCUUGCCACUGGUCAGCUUACAAUGGUCCUACUACUAUUGCCAACCCAGAUUUGAAAAGAGGCCCAGGCCGACGGUCCACUAGAAUUCGAAAUGAAAUGGAUGAGCGUCCCAAUCGUGUGAAGAAGGCAUGCAGUGUUUGUCGGCGACCUGGGCAUAACAAGAAGACAUGUCCGGCUCUUAUUGGUGGAUUUGGAUCAUCUGGGUAA